GAUCUCUAUUCUCUACGCGCAAGGUUAUUGAUUUCCUAGGUUAAUCGGAGUAGUCGUUAACGCUCACUUGUCCAGUUACAGGAUCUGCAAGUAUUCAUCAAUGGCGGAAUGGAGUGUGGUUUUGCCUAUCCUGCUUACCGUCGUCCCUUUCUCUCUCCUCCUCCUUUUCCUCUUUCUCAUUGUCCGUCCGCGCCCCGUCAGAAUCCCAAUCAAAAACCGCCAUGUGUUCAUCACCGGCGGCUCCAGUGGCAUCGGCUUGGCUCUGGCUCACCAAGCCGCUUCGGAAGGCGCCAGGCAGGUAUCCAUCCUCGCUCGGAACACUAGCAAGCUCGAGGACGCCAAGCGGGAGAUCCGGCUCGCCACCGGCCGCGAAGUCGUAGCUUUCAGCGCCGACGUGAGGGACUACGAAGCCGUGAAGAAGGCGGUGGAGGAAGCUGGGCCGAUUGAUGUUCUGAUCUGCAACCAUGGAGUGUUCAUUCCGCAGGAAUUGGAUACGCAGGAGCUGGAGGAGGUUAAGUUCAUGAUUGAUGUGAACUUGAUCGGAACUUUCAAUUUGAUCAAAGCGGCGUUGCCGGGGAUGAAGAACCGUGCAGAGAGGGGACCCGGUUCAAUUGCUAUCAUGUCUUCUCAAGCCGGUCAGGUCGGGAUUUAUGGUUAUUCAGCUUAUUCAGCUAGCAAGUUUGGUCUCAGGGGUAUGGCAGAGGCAUUGCAGCAGGAGACUAUUGGGGAUGAUAUUCAUGUCUCACUUAUAUUCCCCCCAGAUACUGAAACUCCUGGUUUUGCUGAAGAGAACAAAAGGAGGCCAGAGCUUACCAGUAUAUUAGCGGCAUCUUCUGGUGCAAUGAAAGCUGAAGAAGUUGCCAAGAAAUCUGUGGAUGGGAUCAAAUCUGGAAGUUUUAUAGUCCCCUGUAACUUUGAGGGAUUCCUACUGUCCAUAGCAACUGCUGGUCUUUCUCCUCAAAGAUCAUUCCUAAUGGCAUUUGUGGAGGUGAUUGGUGCAGGGUUGUUGCGCAUUGCAGCUUUAUGCUUCCAGUGGAAUUGGUAUCAAUGCAUUCAAAAAUUUAACAGGAAAAGAUAGUACACUGGGUUUACUUAUUGGCACAAUCACAAUUAGCGUUACUUUCAUCCUUCUAAGUCAAGCAAAGUAAGUAAGCAAGGAAAUGGGAGUUUGUUGCCAAUUGUUCUUGCUAGUUAGAACAUGACAGCUAUAGAAUUUGAUGAACUAGGAGGCAAUGGUGAGCUUAGUAGUAUGCUGCAGCAGUGUAUUUGACAAUUUGUUCUGUUAUCUGCUGUUACGGAGUAUUUUUUUUAACCAUUUAACCCUUUUUUCAAUGCAUAAUAAUAAUCCAAAAGUGCGUUAUCUUA